CUCUUCCGGAAAGUUCCAAUGUUGGUAAAAAAGACAGCAAAACAAUCGGAUUGCUUUUGCUUUAGAACACAUUAAUUGGAUCGAUGAAUCUAAAAUAAAUAUGGUAGUUAGCGAUGGAAAUUUUUGGGUUCGAUGUUCAAAGAAUGCUGAAAUGAAUCCCAGAUACACGACAAAAUCUUCCAAGCACGGAAGUGGUAAUAUGUUAUGGGGAUAUUUUUCGUGAUACGGAGUUUGACCGCUGUUUUGAAUUCGGGAAAUCAUGGAAUAAGAAUUUUAGAAGAUGUAAGAUCCAAGUGUUGAAUGUAACAGGGCUUUAAUUUGGCAGUUUCAUCAUGACAAUGGCCCGAAGCAUACCUCGGACGUAAGACUUGGCUACAGUAUCAAGCAACCAAUGCUAUGACUCGGCCGGCGCAACUUCCUUUAAAUCCUAUAGCACCCUGUGAGAAAUUGUAAAGUAAAAGUUGUGACACAUUAAACCACAAAGGUGGGAGGAACUAUGGGGAAAAGUUUAAGAGGUUUGGUAUUCAAUACCGAAUUCAAUCUGUAAAGCCCUAGUGAAAUCUAUGCCAAAAAGGUGCACUGCCGUACUCGCAAAUAAAGGUUUUGUAACAAAAUUCUAACUUAUAUGCAUUUUAGAGUUUUGGUUCUAUGAUUUUAAUUUAUUGCCAGUUGAAGUUUCGGACAGUUCCUUUAUAUGUUAUCUGCUGAUAAUAAUUAAAUUUAUUUUAAGUUAUAUUUGCUUUUGAAAUGUUUAAAAUAAGUUUUAUUACUAAAAAUAAUAAUUGUUUUCUCCUAAGAACUGUACUAACACUUUUUUUAGCAAAUAGUUGUGAAUAAAAUUUUGUUUCUAUUUUAUUGUCAGUAACUGUAUGAACCUAUGAUCAUUAAUAUACAAAUAUUCAAAGAAGAGAACCUAAAUUUUCCGAAUUUGCGAGUAUUCUUCAAGUUCACUUUCCAACUUAUGUCUUCCUUCCUAGCCUCCAUUCAAAAUGAGCUGGUGAAAACUUUUUUAUUGCAAUAAUAGAAGUUAUUUUCAUUAUUAUACACAAUACAAUAAAACUUAGAACUUGAAAAGAAAAAGAACUCUUAACAAUAUUGGAUUUCCAAAGAAAAUGACUAAAGCUUGAAUAAACUUAAUAUAUUUAUAUACGUGCUUUAUCAAACCGGAUUCGCAAUAUUCUCUCAAUACUCAACCGAACCAAGAUUACAGUCUAUACAGUGUGCUAGAGUUGACAGAUAUUUCACAUGAUUGAACUACUUCUAAAUUUUCCAAGUAUUUUAAACAUUUUGGCUCAAUAUGAUGUUAAUUGGUCUACGCUAAUUGAACGAUCCUCACAAAUCAAAUAAUGGCUUCCGUCCAUCCAAUUAAAAUUAAUUAGAGAGACAAAACUUGGUUUGGAAUUGUAUAUGUCAAAAAUUAGAUUACUAUCUUUUGAGUCCGAAAACGUCUAAAUUAAUUUAGUGAAGUUUACGAAAUCUAACGAAUACACCCCAAUGAAUUGAAAUAUAUAAAUUUUCCAAUGCCAACACUAAGAAGACUAUGAAUCGCAAUUGCAAUAUAAAGAGUUUUUAUCUAUCAAUAACUGCCUAACAGCCCACUGUUCUUGACUCAGAUGUGUUCUAAGUCAAAGUAUAUAACCUCAGAAACUUGCAUUCAAGCAAUAACUUUCGCACGAACCGGUCAAACUGACGCUGAAAUACUACAAAUAAAAUUAUGUGGCCGGGAAGAAUUUAUAAAGAUCAACUUUUCUACGCCGCUACAUUGACAGUGCUUGCGAUAAAUAUUUUUUACUACCAAUCAGCUGAUGCCUGCUAUCAGGAACAAUAUUGCCUAACGCCACUCAACUACAGCGGACGCUAUGUGGAAGAUGAGAUUUAUGGAUACAUGUCCGAUGAGGCCAAAACGCUUUGCGAUGGUUUUUGUCAUCAUAACAGUAUAGUGCGAUUGCGUUGUUGCGCAGACGAUGCUAAAGUCAAAUUGGAAAGAAUAUCGGAACAAGUAUGCAUAUACCAUCAUAUAAUACAUAAUUACAUCAUAUAUGGGGAACUGGUCAAAGACAAUGAAUUUCCAUUUAUGGCUGCUUUGGGUUGGCGCGUUAAGAACGAAACUACUGGAAACACGACUAUAGUUUACAAAUGUGGGGGCACUAUAUACGAUCGCGGUUAUGUAAUCACUGCUGCGCAUUGUCUCUAUCAUUCGAGGUACGAAAAUUAUGAAAGAAAAACGAGCUUUUUAUUUACUAUUAAAAUAAAUAUUAGUGAUCUACCAGUGGUAGUACGUCCCGGUGGAUUCGCUUUGAAUGAUACUGAGGCUUGGGACUUGGAAAUCGAAGAAGUUAUAGAGCAUCCCAAUUAUGAUUAUCCAAAUGUAUACAAUGACAUUGCAAUUAUACGCCUAAGGACACUAUUUAGUGGAAACCCGUUUCAUGAUGAGCCGGCAUGUCUUUGGGGUGAUCCGGGCUCCGCGCAUAAUGUUACAGCCAUGGGCUACGGGAACACUCAAUUUGCUGGCGUAUCCUCCCCCUUAUUGAUGAAAACGAAUUUAUCAACAAUUGAGAACAGCGAGUGCCAAUUACACUAUGAGCCAGACAGCGGUGUGCUGAGUGAUGGAAUUAUAUCGACGCAGAUAUGCGCGAAGGAUCAUGAGAAAUUGCGUGACACAUGUCAGGGUGACUCCGGUGGACCAAUUAUUAAAUUUAGCAAACAAGCACAUCUUAAUCCCAUGUCUUAUGUUGUUGGCAUCACUUCCUUUGGCAUCGGCUGUGGCACCGGCAUGCCUGGUGUUUAUACGCGUAUUUCUGAAUAUAUUGAUUGGAUUGAAAAUGUUACCUAUCGAACUGUGCCAAUGUGAAGAACAAAUAAUAUAAUAAAGAAAUUUCAAGCAUCUAAA